AUAUAAAAGUGUUCCUUCUCCUUGGUUCCUAGUUCAGCAUUUAUUGUACUGCCUAGGACCUCUACUACAUGAAAUAAAUGAGUGCACAUCCUUGAGAGAUGCAGGCUACUGCCGUGGUGGGGAUAGCUUCUGGUAAAGGCUCCCACUAUAAUGGAGGAAACAUCCAGAAAGAUGCACCUUCUAAUCCUAAGAAAGAAGAUUUGUUAUUAUCUUCCAAUGGUUGUAACAAAGCCAAAUUGGCUUUUCUUGAUGAUGACUGGGAUUCCUUGGCACUAGAAAAAAGAGCUAAUGACAAAGAAGUCAGCAGUACUGACCGAAUGGAUUUAUUGGAGCUAUCUUGUACCGGGAGUCUAGAUCCUAACAGGGAGAGCAUGCAGUCUAGUGGGUUUGAGGACAGUAUUGCUUUCUUGAAUGAAACAUACUCUAUACAUUAUUCAGAGUCGAAACUAAAGAAUGAAAGUCUCAUUCAUUUAAAUUCAGAAGUAGAUUCUGAAAUGCAGAAAAGAGAAGGAGUGUUUUUUGAUAUUUUGGAAUAUCAAGGUAAUAAAAUUAUUGGCUUGGAAAGAACCUAUAAGAUUUCAGAUGAUGAUUAUAAAGAAACUGCUGAAGAUGCAGAAAAGCAUGAUAUAGAUGAAGACUCACAGCAGGAAUAUCACAUUGCAGAAGAGCAAGAGUACAUAAGUACCCAUUUAUCUUUUGACCAAAUGAAAACAUUGAACAUACCUAAUCUGGAAGUUGUUAGACUGAGAAAUUCAGGUUAUGAAGUUGAAUGUGCUAGCAAUUUAGAAAGUAAUCAUGUUAAAUUGGAAAGUAAUUGUAGCAUCUCUUUAGAUUCAAUUGAUGUUUAUGGACAAGAAGAUGCACCUCAUGUCUCCAAGUUUCAGAAUUCCGUUGCGUUAAGAGAAUAUCAUGAACCAAAGCAUGAAAUGUGUAAGGAACAAGAGAUGAGUUUAAUGUACCACACAGUCUUUGAUGAAAUUGUACUAGGGAGUAGUCCGCUUGAGAACCAGGAAUCUCAGUCUACGAGUGGUUUGUUGAUCCCUCAAAAAGCAUUAAAAACUAAAAUGUACACUGGCAAAAUGAAAUGUCAAAUAAUUGAAAGUAAAGAUUUUUGUGGGAAUGUAAUCGUUGAGAACAAAAAGUCGCACCACCGUGAAAAUCCUAGCACAUCACAACAAGACAAAUCUUCACAGACAUUAUUCCAGCCCUGUAAAGAUUGUCACACAUCCUGGACCUCUAUUUUUGACGAUUCAGUAAUUUCUGCCUGUGGAUAUUCACAUUAUAAAAGCCUACAAAAUACUCCUAAUCCAGCCUUAGAUUUUUCUGUUACUCUCCCGAGGAUUGCAGUCAAAGAUAGUCAGGCAGUAGAACAUAUCUCCCUGAAGAUUGCUGAUGGCAGUACCACAAGUAAAACUUGCUUUCACAAUAUAGAAGGAACACGUCCCAAAUUAGUGACAGAUGCAGCAAACGGGAUAGUGACAGUUAAUCAGACAGUGGAUGUUAGCACUGAUUUUAGGGCUUGUUUCACAACCAGCAGGGCAACAAGUGCAAGAUCUUCUGUAGCAUCUACUUCAAGCAAUACAGAGAUCACAAUGAUGAACAAAACACGGCCUGGUGAAUGGCCCAGUGAGAAACAGAGAAGCGUGGCUUGUAAUACAGAUUGGUCAUGCAGUCAGAAUGAUGACGAUGCACCAGGGGCUGCGACAAAAGGAUCGUUGGGAAAAUCUCUCUCCGUUGACAGUUCAAAACCUAAUGGAAAUCUCCUAAAUAAGGAUCCCCUGGAAUUAAGAAAAACAUCUGCUAUCACAGACUUAAAUAAACAUCCUGAAAGGGAAUGUCAACUUUCUAAGGAGCCGGCGAAGAGUUUGCCAUCAAAGUGCUGUCAGAAAAUCAUGCAGCGAGCCAUCAAAGCAGAGUUGCACCUUUUAAAUGUUCACUAUCAGAUGUGUCACCGCCACUGCACUGAUAUUUACAAACUCCUAGUGGAAAACAGGGCAGGGGUAAAUAGAAAUUUAUCAAGUAAUUCUACUAAGAAGGAAUUAGGAUCAGCACUACUGUCUGUUUUGGGAGACUUAAAGGUUAGGUAUGAGAGCUUGAAAGAAAAAAUACACAAGGGCAUGCCUCUGGAAGAGCUGCCCCCGCUGUCCGUGGAAUCAAAAUUAUUAUCGGCCUUCUCUACGUUUGCUUCUACGCUAAUGAAAGAAGAGUCACAUGUCUUUUCAGAAGCAGAUCCUGAAGUAGAUAAUCAAAGUACACGUGAUGUCAACGUCUCUUCAAGCCUAAAAAAGACACUCUCUCAAAUGUCCUUACUGUCUGACAGCAGUCAUCCCAAACAGGAUGCACUACCCAAGGAAGAUGGUUUAAAAAAUGGUGACAUAGAUGUAGACUUAAGUCAGCUGAAACUCGAUGACAAAGACUGCAAAAAUUAUCGAGAAAUAAGUGAAGACUGGUUUGAUGCUAAAGAAAACCUGACAGGAGUUGACUUGUCAGGAAUACAAGAAAAUCAAACAGAAAAAGACAAAGGGGAUCCAAAGUUUCCACAAGAAAUGAAGAAUAUUGAACCUUUACGAAAAGAUAAAGGUUAUUUGAUACAUGUUGGUGGUCUCUGCCCUUCAGUAUCUGAGGCUGAUUUAAGGUCUCAUUUCCAGAAAUACCAAGUUUCUGAAAUUUCAAUUUACGAUUCUUCUACUAAUUAUAGAUAUGCAUCCCUUGCUUUUAAAAAAAACAUUGAUGCAAAGAUGGCUGUGAAAGAAAUGAAUGGGAUAGAAAUAAAUGGAAAAUCAGUAAAUGUGCGGCUUGUUAAAACUCCUGGAGAAUAUACAUCACCACUUUCCUACAAAAAUGGAAAUAAAGUUACUUGGAAUAAUUUGGAGAGAAGCACCAACAAAGAAAUCAGCUCAGUCUCCUCUAUUUCAAGAUUGCCCAGAACUAGGCCAAGGCAGCUGGGAUCUGAGCAAGACAGUGAGUUUUUUCCUUUUGACCAGAAGGGUGUCAAGAAGAAUUGUAAACAGAUUGAAUCUACUAAAUUAUUACCUGAUACACCUAUUCAAUUCAUACCUCCAAAUACAUUGAAUCUGCGUAGCUUUACCAAAAUCAUGAAGAGACUGACUGAACUACAUCCAGAAGUUCACAGAGACCAUAUUAUAGAUGCUCUUCAGGAAGUAAGAAUAAAUCAUAAAGGUUUUCUGAAUGGCUUAUCUAUUAAUACUAUUGUGGAAAUGACUUCAUCUGUCUUGAAAAAUUCUGCUUCCAGUUAGGAAUGAAAGAAGUAACAAGAGAAUUUCCUUGGAAAGCAUGAGUUCCCUCCUCCAGAGAAUGUUCUACAACACUUAGAAAAUAAUUGUGGUAAUAACAAGAUGCCAUGAUUAAAUAGGCUAAAUAAGUGGAUUUAGCUGCGUAUAUGCUACUUUAUAGCCUUCCCUUCACAUCUAGCAGCUGUUGUUCCUACAAUAUUACCAUCUUCUCUAUAUUAAAAAUACAAGAUAAUUUUAAUGUUUAUAAACUUUAUAUUUCAAACUUGUUACUCAGAGACUUCAAGUUGCAUAUUUUGGAUUAGAAAAAAUGGUCAUGUCUAUUUUAAAAAAUUUUUGUUAAAUGGGUUUUUAAAAAUAGUGACCAAGAGGUUUAUUGUUUCAGAGUCCAUUAAACGAUCUCCAUACAUGAAAAAUAUAAUUUACCUGAAGUUCGUACUUCCAGUUUUCAGUAAUCUUUAAGACUUAACUGGAUCACAGGAUAACAGAUAAACUGAAUUUGAAUUCAUAGAUACAUAACAUUUUGGAAUGUGUAUAUUUUUAAGCUUCCAAGACAGUUUAAAUUCAUGCUCUGAUACAUUUAAUGCAUUUUUUACUUUAGUAUAAAACAUUUAAGUGCUCGCUUCGGCAGCACAUAUACUAAAACAUUUAAAUGUAUUUUCCCUGUUUUCACUAGGAAGAGUGAACCCAUGUGUGCUUUGGUAAAACACUUAAAUAGUCACCAUAUUGCUUAUUUUUGUUUUUUUGUAGUAAGUUCUAUUAGGUUAAAGUGUAAAUUGCAACAAUUUUCAAAGCCUAAUUUUAUGUCCUAUAAAUUUCUUUGAUGGAUUACUUUUUUAAAGUAACAUACUGUUUAAAGUUGCAGUUGUGCCAAUAUUAAGAUGGACAUUUAAAUAUCUAUUUUCUUCAAAUGUUCAAAAAUGUUUAGAGCAUUCAGUAGUUGGUAUCAUUUGAUUAAA